AUGAACUGCUUGGAUAGUUUUCAGAGAUGGGGUGCUGCUACUGAAGGUGAACAGAUAUUGUUUUCUCAGCUCGAGACACUAUCAGUUCAGAAAUGCCCAAAGAUAACAGAUUUACCUGAAGCACCAAAUCCCAGUGUAUUAGAAAUUGUAGAUGGCAAGCAAGAGAUGUUCCAUUUUGUAGACAUAUACUUGUCUUCACUGACCAAACUAACAAUGAAUCUAGAAUACACAGAAACAUCAUCAGAGGCUGAAUGCACUUCAAUUGUACCAGUGGACAGCAAGGAGAAAUGGAACCAGGAAUCCUCUAUUACAGUUAUGGAGUUAGGAUGCUGCAACAUGUUCUUUGGAUCAGGUGCGCUAGAACCGUGGGACUAUUUUGUACACCUUGAAAAGUUGGAAAUUCAUAGAUGCGAUGUGCUCGUCCAUUGGCCAGAGAAUGUAUUCCAAAGCUUGGUAUCCUUGAGGACGUUAGCGAUGACAAACUGCAAAAAUCUGACUGGAUGUGCACAAGCUCCUCUUGAGCCAUUGGCGUUCGAAAGGAGUCAACACCUGAGAGGUCUGGAGUCUCUUUGCUUAAAAAAUUGCCCAAAUUUAGUAGAGAUGUUCAACGUCCCGGCAUCUCUCAAGAAAAUGAUCAUUAUGAAGUGUCGUAGGCUUGAGUCCAUAUUUGGCAAGCAGCAGGGCAUGCCAGACUUAGUCCAAGGGUCUUCUUGCAGUGAGGCAAUCAUGCUUGCAGCUGUAUCAGAGUUGGCAUCCUCACCCAUGAAUCACUUCUGUCCAUGCCUAGAAGAUCUAAGUUUAAGUGGAUGUGGAAGCUUACAAGCGGUUCUAAAUCUGCCUCCAUCCUUAAAGACCAUAUCCAUUGAAAGCUGCAGUAGCAUUCAAGUGUUAUCAUGUCAGCUGGGUGGGCUCCAGAAACCAGAAGUCACUACCUCCAGAAGCAGAAGUCCUAUCAUGCCAGAGCCACCAGCAGCAACAGCACCAACUGCAAGAGAGCAUUUACUUCCUCCCCAUCUCGAAUAUCUAUCAAUAUGGGACUGUGCUGGCAUGUUGGGUGGGACUCUCCGUCUGCCUGCACCCCUCAGGAGACUGGACAUUAUUGGCAACAGUGGGUUGACAUCGCUGGAGUGUCUGUCGGGAGAGCACCCCCCAUCGCUGGAAAUCCUUGAUCUUGAAAGAUGCAGUACCCUGGCAUUCCUGCCGAAUGAGCCGCAAGUAUACAGUUCUCUCGGGUAUCUUGAAAUUAGAGGCUGCCCUGCUAUAAAGAAGCUCCCUAGAUGCCUGCAGCAGCAAUUGGGCAGCAUCGAUGACGAGUACAAAAAACUAGAUGCCCAUUGA